GUUUCAUGGAGAAUACUAUCAUUUAUUAUUCAUUUAUAGAAUGCUUUUGACAAUAAAUUUAUUGAUGUGGAAGAAAUUGCUUGCUUUUGGGUGCAUAAUAUAAAUUACAAAUGACUUAGACACUUAGCUAUGCUUAUUUCUUUCUGUUUUGCAGGUGCACCAGUGGCUGUGAGGUUUGAUGGUGGCAGGGCUUGGAAAGGCGAGGUGUAGGCUCGAUGAAGGAGAAAUUGAUUAUGUGAGGGUUUUGAAUGGAGCCCUUCCAAAUGAUAUGGGAGUUUUAGGCUGGUGUUCUGUGCCAAUUGAUUUCAGUGCAAGGUUUAGCUAUCUGAGCAGGGAGUACAAAUAUUUCUUUUGGGAAGACAAUCUAAAUCUCAAGGUUUCAAGGAAACCAACUUUGGGCAAUUAAAAUCAAAGGCAGUGCUUUCUUGUGGAACCAGGUCUGACUAGGACAACUAAUUAAACACUCAACAGCCAGGUCAUCACAUCAGACUUAAGGCUAUUUAUUGUUCUACACUUGCUGCCUUUUUUCGCAUUGAGUAUGUUAGGCGUAUCAAAGGCCUAACAAUUGCCUACUGGUUUUGCAAUAUACAGAAGUCAGCUAUUCUAUGAACUUGUGCGCUGGUUGUGAACUUUUGGUUUAUCUUUGACCAGGCCGUGAAUUUUACUCAAGUUCUUAUUUCUUCAUCAGCAUGCUGUCAUUUGAUUAUCUGUACUUGUACAUAUUAGAAAUUAUCUCACAUGUAUGUUCUUUUUGAGUACUUGUGCAGGGCUAAUUAUGAUGGAAUAUGUCAAAGAGAAGGUUAAGGAGAAGUCACUGGUUGCAGGUGUGCUCUAGGGUGGUGGGCUCUUGCAGCUUGAGGCGUGUAACAAGGAGACUCAACUCGUGGGUUCUACAGGGUGGCUUCCUCAUGGGUGCGACGGGUUUGACUUCGAUGAGGUUAUGCUGCAACAAAUGGAUUUUCUGGAUUUGGUAAUUGUUUUGAAUGUUGUUUUGAUUUAGUUUGAGAUUGAGUUUGAAGAAAAAUAAUACAGUUCUGAUUUUUUUCUUCUGUUUAUCUGGAUUUAUUGCUUGAUAGAGAUGAUAAUGGGUUUUGAGUCUCAAAUAUGGUAGUUUUAAGGAAAAACUGAAGUUUAGGUUUAUAUUUUUGCAUUGAAUAGUAUUUUUAUUUUUUUUCUAUGAAGUUUCAGGAAAGAUAAAUACAACAUUUAAAUUUGUGAUCAACUUAUUUAGUUCUAGUUGGCCAAAUUCUUAGACAAUUCACAGUUUGUGGUUUGAUUUUUAAUUUGAAGAUAUGUAUAUAUAUGCUCAUGCUUGCUGAUUUUUGUUGAUUUUGAUGUUUGUGGUUAUUUUUUAUUUAAGAUAUAUAUUGGUUUCUUUAACUUUUGUUGUGCUUGAAUGCAUUUUUAAUUGAAAUCAGAA